UUGGGACAGAAUAAUUUCAAUCAAACGACAUCUGAACACUUCUCUUUAGACUCUCAGUCUUUGUUUUGAAGGUUUAAGGGCGGCCUCAAGUCCUAAGCAGAAAAUCAAGGGAAAGCGGAAAAAAUGGAAAUCGCUUCAGGCAAAUGGUUAUCUGAACUGGAAAUGGAGGAUCCCAUGUUUUUCCCACAAUACCAAAUGAUGAACCCUAUUGACUAUUCAUUUGAUGAUAUCAAUUUCCAAUCUUUUUCUUCUGAGAGCUAUUCAUCCUAUCCACAUAUCGACCAGAAAAUCUCCCACAACAACAUGAAUGGUUCAUGCAUUAAUGACGCUUCUCAUCAGGUCGAAGACUUUAAAAGGCCAAUGAAACAACUCAAGACCAACAGCUGGGACUCUAGCAUCACAGAAAACAUCCCACCAAUAAAGGCUUCUUCUUCCUCAUCUUCCCAGAUAAUCUCCUUCGACAAUUCGAAUUCAUCACCGUCUUUUUCUCAGCAAUACUAUGGUCUUGACUGUGAUGUGAAACCCAAAAAUAAUGAGUUGGGUUGGGAGGGAAAUAUGGGAUAUGUUCCAUCUUUGAUUUCUCAAAGUGCCUGCAAGAACCAAUCUUGCUCACCUAAAUUUAGGCAAGUUUCAAAGGGGGCCGGUUCAUUGACUAGGAAUCCUUUACAUGCUCGAGAUCAUGUAAUUGCUGAAAGAAAACGCCGUGAAAAGCUCAGCCAGAGGUUCAUAUCUCUUUCGGCACUUAUUCCUGGCCUGAAAAAGACAGAUAAGAACUCUGUGCUUGGAGACGCUAUCAAAUACUUGAAAGAACUUCAAGAGCGAGUGACUACGCUUGAGGAACAGGCUGCUAAGAAAACAGUAGAAUCAGUAAUCUUUGUGAGGAAAACCCAAUUUUUUGCAGAUGAUGAGACAUCUUCAUCUAAUGAGAACUUUGAUAGCCAAUCUAACAAUCCAUUCCCCGAGAUCGAAGCAAGAGUUUCAGACAAGGAUGUCCUCAUUAGAAUCCUCUGUGAGAAAAACAAAGGAUGCAUAUCAAAUAUCAUAAAUGAAGUCGAAAAGCUUCAUCUCUCAGUGCUCAAUAGCAAUGUCUUAGCCUUUGGACAAGCUACUCUUGACAUAACCGUUGUUGCUCAGAUGGAAGAUGAGUUUUCAAUGACAGUGAAGGAUCUUGUGAAAAGCCUACGACUGGCUUUGCUGAAGUACAUGUGAUGAACUUGCAAAUCCAUGUUCACACCGAGAAAACAAGAUUGCCUAUCGACUUCCAUUGGAUGGGGAGAAAAUAACUAGGAAUAAGAUCAAUGAGUUUUUUUUUUUUUUUUUCUCUUUUUUGGAUCAGUGAUGAUUUUCUAUAGUUUAUUCUUGUUGGUUUUUUCCUCAGACCUUAAAGAGAGAAACAAUAGCCUGUAAAUUAUUCCCUCCAUACUAGUUACUAUCGACCAUUAUCAAUAGCAACGAGGAUCCAAUUUUGCAGCAAAGGAGGGGUUUCUCUUUGUCUUUUUUUUUUUUGCGAAUUAUUGACCACGUUUUAUUUUUGCAGCAAAGAUGCCACGUGGCUGUGUUGGAUUCUCCUUAGCUUCAAGAGGUUUUUGAGAGGUUUAGACUUUAGUUGUAUACAUGGCAUCUUUCCCCUUCUUUUCUCCAUUAAUGUUGGAAGCUUACAGGUGGUUUUUUUUUUUUUUUUAAUUCUUA